AUGCAGGUCACGGUUUCCAUUAUUGGAUGUUUCCAAUCAGCAUCCACAAGUCCAACACCAAAACCAACACCAACACCAAAACCUUCAACAGAAACAGCAUCUUUGUGUGUGAAACAGGAUGGAUUGGCUGAUUCUUCAUUGAUAAGAAAUUGGGAUAUUGAUGUUUCCAGUAAUGAAGAACACAGGGCUAAUAUCCGACCAGGUGGAAAUGGAUGGACACCUGAAGCUGGAGAUAAGAAAACUUCUGUCAGCCUCUUUGUGGCUGAUGCUCUCAUUUACGGAGCCACUUCUUUGUGUGUCAAGCAAGAUGGCUUGGCUGAUUCUUCAUUGAUAAGGAACUGGGACAUUGAUGUUUCCAGUAAUGAAGAACAUAAGGCUGAUAUUCGACCAGGUGCAAAAGGAUGGACACCUGAAGCUGGAGAUAAGAAAACUACAGUUAGCCUUUUUGUUGCCUCAUUGUGUGUUAAGCAGAAUGGCUUGGCUGAUUCUUCAUUGAUAAGGAAUUGGGAUAUUGAUGUUUCCAGUAAUGAAGAACGUAAAGCUGAUAUUCGACCAGGUGCAAAAGGAUGGACACCCGAAGCUGGAGAUAAGAAAACUACAGUGAACCUCUUUGUUGGUGAUGCUCUCAUUCAUGGAGCCAACAUGAGGCUUCAGAAAUCUAAAUGUGUUGGAAAAUAUGAUGUCUAUCUCAGUGGAGCUUCCUUGUGUGUGAAACAAGAUGGCUUGGCUGAUUCUUCAUUGAUAAGGAAUUGGGACAUUGAUGUUUCCAGUAAUGAAGAACGUAAGGCUGAUAUUCGACCAGGUGCAAAAGGAUGGACACCUGAAGCUGGAGAUAAGAAAACUACAGUUAGCCUUUUUGUUGGUGAUGCUCUCAUUUAUGGGGCCAACAUGAGGCUUCAGAAAUCUAAAUGUGUUGGAAAAUAUGAUGUCUAUCUCAGUGGAGGUGGACAAGGAAAUGUACAGAGACUCAAGAAUAAUGGAGCAAGUGAUAUUGUAAUAAUUCCAUUUGGUACAAUGGCAGAUACAGUGAAAAUCCACUUUACUACUGAGAAGUCAAAUUGUAAAAUGCAGAACAAUGGACCAACUGAUAUUGUAAUAAUUCCAUUUGGUACAACAGCAGACACAGUCAAGAUCCACUUUACAUCCAAGAGUCCAAAUUGUAAAAUGCAUGUUACUAUAUCCAUUAUUGGAUGUUUUGAAUCUGCAUCAACAACACCAACUCCAACACCUACCCCAACACCAAAACCUUCAACAGAAACAGCCUCUUUAUGUGUAAAACAAGAUGGAUUAGCUGAUUCUUCUCUGAUAAGAAACUGGGACAUUGAUGUGUCCAGUAAUGAAGAACACAAGGCUGAUAUUCGACCAAGUAGAAAAGGGUGGGCACCUGAAGCUGGAGAUAAGAAAACCUCUGUCAGCUUCUUUGUGGCUGAUGCUCUCAUUUAUGGGGCUAAUAUGAGAUUACUAACAAGCAAGUGUAUAGGAAAAUAUGAUGUCCUCCUCAGUGGAAGUCACGAAGGAAAUGUACAAAGGUUUAAGAACAAUGGAGCAAAUGACAUUGUAAUUAUCCCAUUUGGUACAACAGCAGAUGCAGUGAAAAUCCACUUUACACCAGAGAGUCCAAAUUGUCAAAUGCAGGUUACAAUAUCCAUUAUUGGAUGUUUUGAAUCAGCUUCAACUACGACACCAAAGCCUUCAACAGAAACAGCAUCUUUGUGUGUGAAACAGGAUGGCCUAGCUGAUUCUUCUUUGAUUAGAAACUGGGAUAUUAAAGUGUCUAGUAAUGAAGAAAAUAAGGCUGAUAUUCGACCAGGUGCAAAAGGAUGGACACCUGAAGCUAGUGAUAAGAAAACUACUGUCAGCCUCUUUGUUGGUGAUGCUCUUAUUUAUGGAGCCAAUAUGAGGCUGCAAAUGGCCAAGUGUGUAAGAAAAUACGAUGUCAUUCUCCGUGAAGGUGACCAGGGCAAUGUCCAAAGAUUUAAAGUAAGUUAA